AUGUCUCACUGCAAGUUUGAGCACCCCCGCCACGGCCAUCUUGGUUUCCUGCCGCGCAAGCGCUCUCGCCAGAUUCGCGGCCGUGCGCGUUCUUACCCCAAGGAUGACCCCUCACAGAAGCCUCACCUCACCAGCUUCAUGGUGUUCAAGGCCGGUAUGACGCACAUUGUGCGUGAUGUUGACCGCCCUGGCUCCAAGGUGAACAAGAAGGAGGUUGUUGAGACAGUGACGAUCCUGGAGGCCCCACCCAUGGUGGUGGUCGGCAUUGUCGGCUACCGCCAGACACCUGUGGGCCACAAGACCAUUGGUACCGUGUGGGCGCACCACACCAGCGUGGAGUUCCGCCGCCGCUUCUACAAGAACUGGAAGCAGUCUGCUCAGCUGGCCUUCACGAAGCGCAAGCAGUUUGCCCGCACCAGCGAGGGUCGCCUUGCUGAGGCUCGCACACUGAAGGCCUUCGCCAAGAAGGCUGACACGAUCCGUGUCAUCGCCCACACACAGCUUCGCAAGCUCCGCAACAACCGCGUUGCUGUGAAGAAGGCACACAUCAGCGAGAUUCAGAUCAACGGUGGUACCAUUGCCCAGAAGAUCGAGCUUGCCAAGUCCCUGCUGGAGAAGGAGGUCCGCAUUGAUUCUGUGUUCCAGCAGUCUGAGGCUUGCGACGUGUGCGCUGUGACGAAGGGUCACGGAUUCACUGGUGUGGUGAAGCGCUGGGGUGUUGCCUGCCUGCCUCGCAAGACCCACCGUGGUCUCCGCAAGGUGGCGUGCAUUGGUGCAUGGCAUCCUUCCCGUGUCAUGUACACUGUUGCACGCGCUGGUCAGCACGGUUACCACCACCGCACACACCUCAACAAGAAGAUCUACCAGAUGGGUCGCGCCGUGUCGAUGGAGCCAAACCAGGCCACAACCACAUACGACCUCACAGCCAAGACGAUCACCCCCAUGGGUGGUUUUGUUGGCUAUGGUACAGUGCGUAACGACUACGUCAUGCUCAAGGGCUCCGUUGCGGGUCCUCGCCGCCGUGUCAUCACGCUGCGCCGCCCCAUGGCUCCGCAGACAUCCCGCGCGCUGACGGAGAAGAUUACACUGAAGUUCAUUGACACAAGCUCCAAGAUGGGUCACGGUCGCUUCCAGACAAAGAAGGAGAAGAAGCAGUGGUUCGGACCACUCAAGCAGGACCGCAUCCGCCGCGAGGAGCGCCUCCGCAAGGAGCGUCUGGCUCGUGCCGCAGAGCGCAAGACCAAGGGAGUCACCACCGCUGCCCCCAAGAAGAACAAGAAGUAA